AUUUGAUAUUCCUUUGACCUCCCUCCUCCAACCCUACCUGCCUUCCUUCCCCCAUUCUUACUUUUGACUCGUUUUACCUCACACUUCCUCUUUAUAGCCGUUGCACUCCCCUCUGUUCAGCCCCUAACACCAACGCAAAAAUGAAAAAAGACCCUUCACUUUCUGCACAGCUUCACGAGAAACCUGACAAAGAACCGCCCCCACGAGCUUCACCUUCUUCUUCCAAAUGUUCUCCAACCAACUCUCUUCUUUCUUGUUCUUUGAAACGGAAAAGACCGCCUAAGAUUGAGAUCCCAAAUGUCUUGCAAGAAAUCCAAGCCAACACCCUCAAAGUUAAAGAUGUUACCCCUCAAGAUGACGCCGUUAGCUUCGGUGGGUUGGGUGUGGGUGUUUUCUCUGUCAAAGGCAAGAAGAAGUUCAUGGAAGAUACUCACAAGAUCGUUUCUUGUUUGCAUGGAAGUUCAAACAAAGCCUUUUUUGGCGUUUAUGAUGGACAUGGAGGGAAAAAGGCUGCUGAAUUUGUUGCAGAAAACUUGCACAACAAUAUUUUUGAGAUGUUGAAGAAUUGUGAAGGAAAUGAGGAGAAGGAGGAGGCAGUUAAGGCUGGUUACCUCAAAACAGAUGAGGAGUUCUUGAAGCAGGAUAUAGCCAGUGGUGCCUGCUGUGUCACAGCAGUAAUAGAAGGUGAGGACAUUGUUGUUUCAAACUUGGGAGAUUGCAGGGCUGUCUUGUAUAGAGGAGGUGUAGCUGAAGCCCUCACAACAGAUCAUAAAGCAGAACGAGAGGAUGAAAGAAAAAGGAUUGAGAAUGAGGGAGGAUAUGUUGAGUUUCACCGAGGAGCUUGGAGAGUUCAUGGAAUACUCUCUGUGUCUAGAAGUAUUGGAGAUGCCCAUCUGAAGCACUGGGUACUGGCUGAUCCUGACACGAAAAUUCUUCAGUUGACUCCAGAUAUGGAGUUCCUUGUUUUGGCUUCUGAUGGUCUUUGGGAAGAGGUUAGCAGCCAGGAAGCUGUUGAUAUUGUGGCACGACUAUUGUCUGGAAAAAGACUGGGUGCUGGUGGAGGUCUUAGUAUUAUUGAACAUGAUGAGGAUUAUGGCUGUGUGAAUGUAAGCCCCUCGUCAAAAAUAAGAAGAGUUUCACUGGUUAAGCAACAGAAGGAGACAAGUCAGUCACCAAGAUACAAGAAGAACGUUGAUAGCUGGAAAGAUAAUGAAAGUCCUUCGUCGAAAAUAAGAAGAGUUUCACUGGUUAAGCAACAGAAGGAGACAAGUCAGUCAUCAAAAUACAAUAAGAAGAUUGAUAGCUGGAAAGAUAAUGAAGAUGACGUUGGUUGUGAAAAUGGAAGUCCACCGUCAAAGUUACGAAGAAUUUCCCUGGUCAAGCGGAUAAGCAUGAAGCCUGAGUCUCCUAGUCAAGAAAACGCCAGUUUUAAGGAGGGACCAUCAUCUGCUGGUCUUAUGGAUGCUUGCAAGGAGCUCGCGAGCCUUGCUGUGAGUAGGGGUAGUUUAGAUGAUAUCACCAUCAUGAUAAUUGAUUUAAAGCACUUCAGAUGUAACGCUUAAUCCUGCAGAUACUGCAGCUGCUUUUCAUUUUUAGUUAUCAUUGUACAAACUUAAUGAUGAGUAUAAUACUAUGUAGCAGCAGAUUUAGCA